AAAUCAUUGAGUGUAUAUUGAAUAAGCCUUUCGACAUCAUGGGUAAACUUGGUGAAGGUGGUUAUGGGCAAGUUUAUAAAAUUCAAAACAAAAACGACCACAAAGAUUAUGCUAUAAAGAAAUGUCACUUAAGAGAAUUGACAGAAAAGGACACACAAAAUGUUUUGAAUGAAACGCAAAUUAUUUUGAAACUUCGGUCAGAGUUUGUAAUUCAAUACUAUUAUCAAUGGAUUGAACAAAAUUGUCUUUACUUUCAAAUUGAGCUAUGUAUCGAUAAUCUCAACAAUGUUUUGAAAACUAAGAAAUCAUUGUUUACUGAAUUGAUGACUAUUUAUGAGUUUUAUAUUUCGUUUCAUAUGUUCCAAAGACUCACAGAAUGUGUACAAUAUUUACAUGAAUUUAAGCCACAGAUCAUUCACAGAGACAUCAAACCGGAUAAUGUGUUGAUUUCAAUAGACCGACGCAUAAAGUUAUGUGACUUUGGUAUAUCUAAAGAGGUCUAUAAUCUGGAGCCGUAUGUAAUGUCGGCAGAUAUCGGUGAUCUGUCAUAUCAGGCACCGGAAGCACAGACUAAUGAUUACAAUCAUAAAGCUGAUAUCUAUAGUUUAGCACUAAUUGGGGCUCAAAUAUUUGGAUUCGAUAGAUACGAUAUAAUGGAUGGA